UAGACUUCAUUGGCUAUCAGAAUCGCGAUCUAGUUCGGUUCGUGUGCACCAGAACGCAAAGUACAACAGGAUUUUUUCGUUCCGUGUGACGUGAAAAGUGCACAUAGUGUUUGUUCGAAUUAGUUUAAGGCUAGUUAACUAACUAAACAAAUAGCCAUGUCGUUUGCGGAAAAGAUAACGGGUCUGCUGGCACGGCCGAACCAACAAGAUCCAAUUGGACCGGAGCAGCCCUGGUAUCUCAAAUAUGGAAGUCGAUUGCUGGGCAUUGUGGCCGCCUUCUUUGCCAUUCUCUUCGGCCUGUGGAAUGUGUUCUCCAUCAUCACUCUCAGCGUAUCCUGCCUGGUGGCUGGCAUCAUUCAAAUGGUGGCAGGAUUUGUGGUGAUGCUUCUGGAAGCGCCCUGCUGUUUCGUCUGCUUCGAGCAGGUGAAUGUGAUCGCGGAUAAGGUGGACUCUAAGCCCUUGUACUUCCGGGCCGGGCUCUACAUUACCAUGGCCAUUCCGCCCAUAAUUCUGUGCUUCGGACUUGCCAGCUUAUUCGGCAGUGGCCUGAUCUUUGGCACUGGCGUGGUCUACGGAAUGAUGGCGUUAGGAAAGAAAGCUUCUCGAGAGGACAUGGCCGCCGCUGCCACAUCGCCCACACAGAUGGCCGGCAGUCAGGCGGGCGGUCAGAUGCAGAUGGGCGGCGAUCAGCAUAUCACACUCAUGGAAGAUCCCGAUGUCUGGCGCCCCACAUAAAUUCCUAGCCGCGCCAUUAGUAACUGCCAAGAAACCACACUCAGAUACAGAUAAAGACACAGAUACUCAGAUACAUCCACACACAAAACACUCCACUAGAAAUGCGAACGAUGCAAGAAUUGAUCGAGUAACAAAUAUUUUACGGCGCCUAGUUUUUAGUGUUCGUUCCGAGGAUAAAUGUAACUAAAUGAAGAGGAAAAUCACUACAAAGCAGCAUUGUAGGGCAUCAGAGAACUAGUAUACAGAACACCCCACCAAAUACAAAAUUAAAUUGACCGAAAUUCUCAUUACUGUUGAAACCGAGCGUGUUAUCAAAGUGUAUUUUGGACAAAUGCAUUUCCGUCAUUCGUCCCCUUUUUGCAUGACAUUCGUAUUCAUAUUACAAUUUUUUAGUAACUUUCGUCGAGCGGUUGGUGUUGUUGAAAACUACAGUUAAAUAUAUUAUAUGCAUAGAGAAACUACUGAUAACAAUAACGUAACUCACAUGUCAAGCUGCAGCAAGCAUAUAUUUUUAGUGAGAAACUAUAUUUGAAAGCUAACCGAAUGCAAGAGAAACCUAUAAGUUAACCACAGCUUCCACACACUCACACACAGCUAAAGCUAAUGAAAAGCCACUGAUGAUAUGGACAAGUGAAUGUCGAGAACCUAGAGCAAUAUGUACAACUCAGAAAGUAUUAACUUUAUAUGCUUUGCUUCGAUGUAAACCAUAAAAUUAAAUGUUAAACGUUAUUUGAGAAUCGAUUUGCUCGCAGGAUAGUCACAAUUUGAAAUUGAACAUAAUCAAGCAUACAAAUAGAAUAUAUAUAUACAACAAGUUGAGAAUUUACCAGUUAUAUUUUUAAAUGUUGUAACCGAAAAGUGUCCAUUUCAAUUUGAUGCAUUGUUAAGCGGUUUCCUUUUUAUACAAUUACUUGCUUAAUAGGUUUUCUUUUUCGGGUUUCGUAUGAUUUCUUGUUUGCUAAAAGUAUAUGCUUUUUUUUAGUAUACCUAAGUUAAUUAUAAGUGUUUAUUCCAAUCGUUUAACUUUGAAAGUCUGAGAAUAACGUUUUUAAUUAUUUUUGUUGUUGCCUAUUGGCAUUCUUACCACAAGAAGCAUUCCAAAAUUUGUUUACCUACACAUAAGUUAUUGUAUAAUUUACUUAUUAUAACUUUAAAUAUAAAUUAUUUAAAAGAAACUCGCGAUAAUUUAUUACAAUAUAGCCUUCGCCAGCAACUGAGAGUCUCACCCAAAAGUAAUAAUGCAUCGUAAUCAAUUUGUUGAAAUUUGAACAUAAUUGAAUCAUUGAACGCAACACUAAAAAUGAAAACAUGUAAAAUAUUUCGUUAGAGUUUGAACGCGCAUGAAUCAAAUAUCAAAGACUUUGUACAUGUCACCUGUCCAGAAUCCUGCCGUUUAAGCCAAGUACAUUAUACGGCGGCAAACAACGAUAAACCACAAUAUACGAUUUACGUUACCGA